CUCUUUUUUUUUACAGCUAAAACUAGUGUGGAUUUUGGCUAAAUAACCUCAACAUACACCAGGACAGGGAAUUCACUAAGAAACACGAAAACAAAAGUAAAUUGCAGAGGUCCCGAUUCCUGAUUUCGUCGUUGCCAUGGACGCAAGGAACCGCUCUGGCCCCCCCUCCUCCUCCUUCCAGGUGUGCCGCCCCUCCUCGUUCUCACGGCAACCGCCCCGUGUUCUGAUCGUGGACGCGUCGCCGCCCUGGUGGUCAGAGACUGGUACUACGCUGUGUGAGGCUUUGGAUAACUUCCUGACUCUGGCCUGUAGUCUGGACGGACCCUGUAGACUGCCCCUGCUUAGCCUUUACACUCUGAGUAGACAGCAUGAAUGUCUGCUGCCAUUCGUGCAAGUGAGGGGUAACCUGGCCCGCCUGCGUUCCUGUGUGGAGGAGCUGAGGUCCAUACCCGGAGAGGGGUGCGUCCGCGCACCUAGAGGGGAACUGCUCAAACAGGCUGUUCUGGACAGCCUGCAGCAGUUUAAACAGUACACGCGACACACUACCACUCCGAACCAGGCCAACAACAAUGGAUCUGUAGAGGUAACCGUGGUGACGAGCCAGCCAGGGCGUGGCGUGGUGAGGCAGUUGGAGGCGGCCUUAAAGGACACUGACUUGGUGUCUCUACGACGCCUACUAGUGGUCCACGUCAGUACUGCAGGGAGAGGGGAGAAUGACUGCUGGCAGGACACACCCUCACCUGAGACUGCAGAGGAGACUGAAGCCAAUCUGAUGUUAGGUACAGAGAUUGACCUACAGCAUGUAGAGAACAGCGUGGUUGCCAUGGAGACGGUGUUGAAGGCGUGGCUUCAUGACCAGGGCGGGAAGAAGGAACAACUCCACCUGUUGUUACCACCUGGACUACAGGGAGGGACUACUACACCUAGUCAUGGACAGAGAGCUAGUCCAGUGUGUGUGAAGUGUGACAUGCAGGAGCGUCUCCUAAGCCCCGCCCUCUUACCUCUGACCCCUGACCUUGGGGUCAAGACGGAGAGCACCAAGGACUUCCUGGUGUCAGGCAAGGGCUUAGCCAAUCAGAGCCCUCCGCCUCAGAGACUCAGAGUUAUCAAGACGCUGCGUUCAGACGGUGUGUGUGAGAGUGUGUUGUACGGCCUGCCCCUCAUCAUCAGGCCUACCACCUGUUGGCAAAUGGACUGGGAUGAGAUGGAGAGAAACCAUCACCUCUUCCAUGCUCUCUGUCACACACUCCGGGCUCGUGACUGGUUCCUACUGGUGCGUUCAGAGCCUAUUGGUUCCAGUUCUAUUGGUUCUGGUGUGUGUUGCCACUACCUCCUUCAGCCCUCUGCCUCUCUCUCCCUCCUCCUCAAACCUGUGGCAAACAGAGAGCUGCUGCUGCCCUGCCAACUGCCUGUCUCAAAUCAGGACCCCCCACCUGAUGCACUCACCACCAUACAGAGUUGUGUGAGUCAGCUAGAAGAAGAGUCUCUCUUCAACCCUCUCUCUCUGAGGAGUAACCUCUACCAGCACCUGAGGAGCAGGGGACUGCUGUCACCACCCUCAUAUCCAUACAGACCCCAACAGACUCCCCGCAGGGACCAACCACGGCCAGCAGUGGGCCCGUCAACUACACCCGCUCGACAGCCAAGACAGCAGCAGCAGGCUCGUCAGUUCCAGGGGGGUAACAGUAGAGUCAGGGCCACCGUGGCGCCCCUCCCCUCUGCCCCUCCUCCCUCUAAGAUGUCUCGCCCAACCCUCACCAUGACCCCGGACCCCCGGGCCACCGCCACACCCCUCUGUUCCUACGGCGACGAUCUACUGAUGAUGCUGUGACACUAUUAUUGCACCUCGCCCCAGAGUGAAGUUUCCCCUGGGUACUGAUAGAUUCAUUUUGUUAUUUUUUACUUGACUUUUUAGUUAUUCACGGGAUCCCACUUGAGACCAGGGUCUCAUUUACAAUGGAGCCCUGAGAACAAACAUCUCAAAAGAUGAUAGUUCAAUGAAUCAAUUAAACAGGAAAAAAUAACACACCACAGCUCAACAACACUAAUAACCCACCACAACACUAAUAACCCACCACAACACUAAUAACCCACCACAACACUAAUAACCCACCACAACACUAAUAACCCACCACAACACGGUUAACCCACCACAACACUAAUAACCCACCACAACACUAAUAACCCACCACAACACUAAUAACCCACCACAACACUAAUAACCCACCACAACACGGUUAACCCACCACAACACGGUUAACCCACCACAACACUAAUAACCCACCACAACACUAAUAACCCACCACAACACGGUUAACCCACCACAACACGGUUAACCCACCACAACACUAAUAACCCACCACAACACUAAUAACCCACCACAACACUAAUAACCCACCACAACACGGUUAACCCACCACAACACUAAUAACCCACCACAACACGGUUAACCCACCACAACACUAAUAACCCACCACAACACUAAUAACCCACCACUACACGGUUAACCCACCACAACACUAAUAACCCACCACAACACUAAUAACCCACCACAACACGGUUAACCCACCACAACAAUAAUAACCCACCACAACACGGUUAACCCACCACAACACUGUUAACCCACCACAACACGGUUAACCCACCACAACACGGUUAACCCACCACAACACUAAUAACCCACCGCAACACUAAUAACCCACCGCAACACUAAUAACCCACCGCAACACUAAUAACCAACCACAACACGGUUAACCCACCACAACACGGUUAACCCACCACAACACGGUUAACCCACCACAACACGGUUAACACACCACUAUCAACCAAAGCACUUCAAUGAAUUCAUCCCUCUUCGGCGUUCUAAACUGACCAUCUACUGACGAUCCUGUGAGACUGUUAUUCCACCUCGCUCCAGGGUGAAGUUUCCCCUAGACACAGACCGAUCCUGUGAGACUGUUAUUCCACCUCGCUCCAGGGUGAAGUUUCCCCUAGACACAGACCGAUCCUGUGAGACUGUUAUUCCACCUCGCUCCAGGGUGAAGUUUCCCCUAGACACAGACCGAUCCUGUGAGACUGUUAUUCCACCUCGCUCCAGGGUGACGUUUCCUCUAGACACAGACCGAUGCUGUGAGAGACUGAACUCAACCGAUAAGCUCAACAUGCAAGUAGGCCGCCCCAAUGUUAUACUCAAGGCACUUUAACAUACGACUGAAGCAAGUUUCCCCUAGGUACAGAUCUAGGAUCAUCUUCGCCUUGCGCCAAUCCUAACCAUAACCAUUAGUGGGGGAAAUGUAACAUUGACCCAAGAUCAGCAUCUAGGGGCAACUUCACCCUACUCCCUCGAGCUCCAAGCAACUUCUACUUACCUCUUAAGGAAGAGACCUGGCAAACACGCAAGUUGCCGUAC